AUGUUGUUUGGCGCAUUCAGAUCAUUUGGCGUACUCAUCUACGCAACACAACUACUCGUGGCAGCAGCAUCUGCAAAUGAAGUCAUAAAUAAUGUGUUGUACACCCACUCGGGCACCAAAUCGCAGAUCAUCCUACGUGAGAUCCAAGAGGGCGCCAUACCGCGCCAGUUGAACGUGGGCGAUGUGCAAGACCCGCUAGGAUUCGACUUGAUUGUCAACCUCGACGCCGUGCAGUAUUUCCAGAACCAGCUCACUGAAGCAGAUAGUACCAAAGCGGAGAAACUCACCGAUGAGCAAUUGAUCAGCGUGGCUCAAAGAUACCUUCCUCGCGACAAAUUGGACACUUUUCCCUCGUCGAUUUUCAGAAGCGCGCUCUUGUCCUUGACCCACUGGGCUAACGAAUACGUCAAAUACGUCUACCUGAACUUUCUAGUCAGGAUCAUCAAGUACGUCUACUUUUGGGCGUAUCAGGUCGGGUAUUAUUCGACUAAAUCGGCAGUCAAAAUCACGGGCUGGUACUAUGGUACCCUGAACCUCCCCGUGAAAUGCUACAUUGGAGUGGAUUGGAUCGACACCGACACCCGCGGCACGUAUCUCGUUGGCUGGGAAACAUACACCAAGAGCGACAAUUGCGCCGAGACCGUUGACCAGAGAUCGCUUGAGAUUAUACUCUCGCAGGCAAAAGCCAUUGCUGCCGAGCACGCCGAGGACGCCAACUUGUGCCACCACUACGAGAAUGAAGCUGGCGUGGACUCGGGCGCCUGGUUUGCCAACAUCCGAAUCCUUUCCGUGAAGGAGGAUGCUGAAAUGGGCGAGAAUAUCUGGGACAUCGGCUGCGAGGCUGUAAGAAAGAGGAAAAGAGACACCGCGUACGAACUUCUCAAGAAUUUCGCAGCCAUUUUCACGUAG